GGACGGUAUAUUUGAUCGACAAAUCCGCGGUCACACUGCACACCACUGCACCCACGCUCAGCAAAAAAAUGCAAAAAUUCGUUUUAAUUCAUAAACACAAUAUUAGACCUGUGCAAUUGCGAUAAAAUGUAUAUUACACAGAUGGAAACUCCACGGGCCCUGCCAAACGAGAACACUGCCAGCUCGUGUCGCCUGUGCCAUCGGCCGGCGUCGACCGCGACCACGCCAAACAUUUUCAAUGAUCGCGAGGGUUUCUGGGAUGGCGACAAAUUCUGCAUUGCCGAUGUCUGCCAGAGCGUAUGGGGAGUGCAGUACGAUCGCCAUGAGUACUUGCCGGAGCAGAUAUGCUCUGAGUGCUUGGAAGUGCUGGAGGAUUUCUAUAAACAGCGGCGGGGAAUGAAGCAGCGGGAAGCAGCCUUGCAGGAGCAACUGAAGGAGAUCAUUAAAAAGGAUCCCAAGUAUCGACCCGGAUUGAACGGAAAUCCUGGUGUAUUUGAGCCCGGAGACGAUUGCGAAAUUGUGGAAGUGGAUCCGGAUAAGAUUGCGGAGACGAGCGAUGAUGAGAUUGGCUCCGAUGAAGAGAACGAGAAUGCAGAGGACGAGGAGGAAGAGGAGGAGUUCGAGGACUUUGAGGAAGAUGAAGCAGAUACGACGAAUGUAGAAGACGCUGACAUGUCCAUGCCCCUGGGCAUAGAUGCGGCUCAAAUGGCCCAAAUGGCGGUGGAAAUGAAGUUAGAGCAGCCCAGUGCUGUAUCCAACACUGGAGGACCACGUCCCAAGACCGCUUUUCUGUGUCAGUACUGCGACUUGGGCUAUACGCUUCCAGCUGAAUGCCAGCAGCAUGAGAGAACCGCCCAUGAUCCCCAUGCUCCGUACUGUUGCACAUUUUGCAGUUUGCUUUUCAUCACACGAGCCGCCUUAAUUGCCCAUAUCAAGUCGCAGCACGAUAUGGAUCGUCCCUACGUGUGUGCCCAGUGCAGGAAGGGAUUUGUACGCCGCUCUGACCUCAAAAAGCACGCCAUCGUCCAUACCGGCGUGCGGCCCUACACCUGCACUGUCUGCACAAAGAGCUUCUCCCGGAACACCAAUCUGACGAAGCAUAUGCGGAUUCACAGCGGAGAGAAGCCGUUCGUGUGCCAGCAAUGUCCACGCUCCUUCCAGACCGCCCAGGAGAUGACAAACCACUCGCGUUUGCAUUCCGGCGCCAGACCCUUCCAGUGCAACCGCUGUCCGUUCUCCUCAUCGCGCAAGGACAAGCUUGUUGCCCAUCAGCAAAUGCACACUAAGCGCGACGUUGAGCAGAUCUUGCAGCAGCAGCAACAAAACGCCCUGCAUCCACCGACCCCGGAGGAGCUGGCACAACUACAGCACGAGCUGACGCAACAGUUGAUGCCGAAGCCAAUAACUCCUCAGAAGCCAGGACGAAGCUUCCGUUGCGACGUCUGCGACAGGGUCUUUCAACGGGAGCGCGACCUUCAGCGUCAUCGUGCGCUUCAUCUGGACACGCUGCUGGCCUGUAAGAUAUGCAAUCUAGUCUUCAACCGGCGCGAACAGCUGCAGCGUCACACACUGGAGGCUCACGGUCCUACCUAUACGUGCGCCAUUUGCUGCAUUACCUUUUUGCAGCAGAUUGAGCUGGAGAACCACUUGAAGGUCCAUCAGCUGCAGCACAAGGUGGCCCAAAGCACCCAGCAGGCCAUGAUUGCUGUUGAACCGACAGCGGUGCCCAAAAUGCUCCCAGUGCCACAGGUGCCGCUACAGAUUCGUCCUUCAGCCGCAGAGCUCAACUUCUACAGCAACAUGAUUCCCACUAUGAACCUGGGCUUCUAUAGUGAAACGCGGCCCGAGGAAUAAAUCCCUCUAAAUGCCUAUUUUUUAGUUGUUAAGAUCUAAAAGUUGUAUUUUAAAAGGUUAUUCAAGAAUAUUCAGUA